UCCCCCCAACUGAAACUCUUCUGUUUCUCCCCUUAUUUCUCUCUGUUCUUCUUUUUUCCAGCUUUAAUACUGAAUUUGGAGCUCUGGAAUACCAAAAGAAAUCAUUUUUGCCAAUACCCAUCUCUUCUUCUUGUAGAUUGAACCUAUCCAAGUUUUUAAAAAUGAAUCGAGACUCUUCCUGGAUCAAAUACACUGAGCAUCGAACAGUUACCAGUAAAGUAGUGAGGCCAUGGAGUGGGUGGGAUUCUAUGGACUCCGGCAGCCUCAAAACCCCAAGAAUCGUUCGGAUUUCAGUUACUGACGGGGAUGCUACGGAUUCAUCCAGUGAUGAGGAUCAGGAGCUGAACCAGAGGGUCGUGAAAAGGCACAUCAACGAGAUCAAGAUUGAAGCUUUCUCUGCGGUCCAUAUCACCAGGCAAAGCAAGCAAAUUAGGCAAACAACGAAGAACAAUACCGGACUUGGAAGAUCAAAAAAGCAGCAACAUUUCCCGAACGGCAUCAAGUACAUCGGUGUCCGACAAAGACCGUGGGGUAGGUGGGCGUCGGAGAUCAGAGAUCCAAAAACGCGUUCCAGGGUCUGGCUUGGAACUUACGACACCCCGGAAGAGGCAGCUUUGGCGUACGACAAGGCUGCCAUUCGCAUCAAAGGUCCUGACGCCCAAACCAAUUUCUCGAAAUUUCCGCUGAAAUACACGCCGCCUCCUCGGAUUGAUAUCAACUCAUAUACAAAUUCCGGAUAUGACUCCGGUAAAGACUCGCAGAGCCUCUGUUCUCCCACCUCCGUCCUCCGUUUCCAGCCCAAUGAAGAAACAGAUGUAGGAACAGAAUCCAAAGCCGAGUGUUCACAUGUACAAAUUCGCCACUCAGACCAGCCCAUAGAAGCCGAUCCGAUUCAAGACCCAAAAGAAGAAUCGUCUGAAUCACUGUUACAUGAAUCUCUGUUAGAUCCAUACUUAUUCUGUUCCGAGUCUUCUCCGGCAAUAUUCCCUGAUGACACUAUAUUAUUGGAAGAAUCUACUUUGAAGGACGAUUACCUCAAUUUCUCUGAUGAACUGGAUAUAGAUUUUGGGUCUUUUUCCUGGGAUGUUGAAAAUUAUUACUGAUUUUUUUUUCCUGGGAUAUGGAAAAUUACUAUUGAUCUCACAUGGUCCUCGGCUUAAUUUGGUAGAUAUGGAGUGAAAUUUUGGAUACAAAUUCAGGAUUUUAAGUGUGUUUUCGGAUAAGUAAAUAUGUAAAUUCUCUUUUCUUGUUCCUCUUAAUUUCGAAUGAAUUUGGUGGUUUGGUUUGGUAUGCGUUUCCAUGCGCGUGAUGUUCUGUCUUCAAAUUCAAAGACUUGUGUGUGUUCUUAAUUCAAAGGCUGCUUUGUUAAUCUUUU